AUGAUGCGCAUCAGACUUGAGCUGGAACGAAUAGCCUCUCCAGCUGUCCAGUUGGAGGAACCUGAACGGAACAUCACCCUUGGAAAUGACCAAACAUUCAAGGAUGUUUUGCACACACACGAACAAAAUUUCUCCAAAACGUUGUUUGAACAGGAUCUCCGAGUUGAAGAGCGGCUCAGCAGAGUUGAGGCACUUUUGAAGGCUCAGACAACACAAAUGCAGGUCUCUCAGGUGUCCCAAAUGGGGUCACUUUACGAUGUUUCGCCGCCAGCUUAUAGGAAACGAGCAACGCUUCCAAUGAGCCCCAUAUCCGAGGAGCACCUACGAAUGCGGUCGGAGGCGGUCGGAGUCCGUCUCAGACAGACUCAGUACAGCUGCAGACCGAAAUGUCCAUGUGCUUGCCACACUCAGCAGAGGUCUGUUAGUCCUUCAUUUAUGAAGCAGGCUCUUGGGCAGCUCUUCGUUGGUUAUGCCGGGCUGCCUGUUCUGGGUAACAAAUGUGAUGCCUUGACAUGCGAGAGGAGUCAGAUUCCCAGCAUCAAUGUCGAGUACUGGUUUCCACUGGGCUUCUGUUGGUCCCAAAUCAUCAGAUUGCAAUUCGCAUACCAGACGAAUAUAGGCCCAUCUUUCCAAAUAAGUACUCUGAGGAGGGUACCGGACUCGGCUCAGAGUGUGAGCUUUUCUCUGAGCGGCAAUAUCGAUGGACUGAAAAGACUCCUUAGUCAGGGUCUAGCAUCGCCCAGGGACGUCAGCUCAACAAGAGGCUACUCACUACUUCGGUGGGCAUUGUACGGUCAACAAUAUGAGAUGUGCAAAUUCCUCAUGAACGCUGGUUCCCAGGUGCUGACCCUACUUAUCGCCGCAAGUGAUGAUUGCCCAAGCGACAAGGCUUGCGAUAUAAUUCUCAGGGGCGGCCUUCCGCGCGAGGUUGUUGAGAUCCUAAGGAUCAUCGCCGAAGGGAGUGACUUUAUGGACGACCAAAACUUCACAGCCUUGCACAAAAUAGUGCUGGGGCUUUCGUACCACAGCCUGGAGCAAGAGAUUUGCAAGGACCCAAGCAAUGUGGACCUCAGAGACUCGACGGGAAGGACGCCAUUGCAGUGGGCCGCAGCUCGAGGUGACAAGACUGCUGUGGUGACGCUACUCAGCUACGGCGCGGAUCCAAACAACAUGGACAAGAAGCUCAACACCCCUUUGACUCUUGCUGCGAAUCAGAAUCAUACGAUAUGUGUGCGACUCCUUUUAGAAGCUGGUGCUCUGCCCGACCUAAGGCUUCCGGACGGGGUGAAGUUUGGCACGCCUCUAAACUGUGCCGCUCGCAAUGCAACAGAUCCAAUGCUAAUGAAGACAUUACUGGACUUCAAUGCUAACAUUGAGGCAAGCGGUGUGGACGGCAUGACACCUCUUCUGCAUGUGGCACGGGGCAGCAGUGCGACCCAAGCAAUGCUACUCUUGGAGUACGGCGCAAACAUCAACGCCACAUCCAAAACAGAGCAGACUCCUUUGACAGCAGCUAUCGAGCACAACAAUCACGGUGUUCUGAGGCUGCUUUUGGAGCGAUGGUUCGAGUAUAACGAAUGCCCACGACUCAAGGGACCAAACUUGCUCGAGGUAGUCGCCCAGUAUGCCGACGCUCAGACAAUGCAGAUACUGGCAGCCACCGAACAUCUGCGUGCCCGCACAGAUAAUACAUACAUCAUCGAGCACUGUUUUCAAGUCCUGGAAGCCCGAACUGACGCGUCGGAGAAACUUCUCGGCGCUUUCAAUGACCUGAUAUCUGUUUUAAAGAGUGUUGACAACUCUGCAAGGGGCAUCGAUAGCAAGAUGGAAGCCGGACUCAUUGGUCACUUUGAGGCUCUAGAAAUGUCAGAUCAAGACUCAGAUUCAGAUCUUACAUUUGAGGAUGCGAAAGAGCAUUUGCAGCCUCUCUUGGAGCCUACACCAUCGGCCUGUCCAGCAUUCAUACUUCAGAAGAGAACAACCAUAUGA